AAUUUGUUCUCUCGCGUCAAUGAAAAAAGACCCAGGGCGACCCCCAGCUUCCAGGUUCCUCCCGAAACUGAUUUAGCCCCUCCCACGAACCAAAGAGCUGAUUAUAAGAAGCUAAGUUUUCAUGAUCACCUCUCAUUGAGGCUGAGCACAGUCCUGCAGCCCUCGAAAACCAAGGAAAGAGGAAGACACGGCGGCUGGCAGCUCAUGGAGGGUACUAAACCAAAGAGAUGUGGGUCCAAGAAUAUCCUGGUUAUCCUUGGAUUCUUAUUUUUCUUGGCUGUGAUUGCUUUAAUCACAGUGGCCCUUACCCAGAAUAAGCCACUGCCAGAAAAUGUUAAGUAUGGAAUCGUGCUGGAUGCAGGCUCUUCUCACACCAAUAUGUACAUCUACAACUGGCCAGCAGAGAAGGAGAAUGACACUGGCGUGGUACAUCAGGUGGAAAUGUGCAAGGUACAAGGUCCUGGCAUCUCAGGAUAUGCCCAGAAUGUGGAAGACGUGGGCUUUUACCUAAAUCAGUGCAUGGACAAAGCUCAGCAAGUGAUUCCCAAGGAGCAGCACCAUCAGACUCCUGUUUAUCUCGGAGCCACGGCUGGCAUGAGGUUGCUCAGGAUGGAGAGUAGCAUCCUGGCGGACAAAGUCCUGGAAGCUGUGAAACAGAGCCUCACUUCUUACCCUUUUGAUUUCCAAGGGGCCAGGAUCAUCACUGGCCAGGAAGAAGGUGCCUAUGGCUGGAUUACCAUUAACUACUUGUUAGGCAAAUUCAACCAGACUGUCAGCUGGCUCAGAUUUCUGCCCAGAAGAGAAGGUCCCCAGGAAACCUCUGGGGCCUUGGACCUUGGAGGAGCCUCUACACAAAUAACUUUUGUGCCCCUUAAUGACCAGAUUGAGUCCCAAGGCAACUCCCUGCACUUCCGUCUCUACGGCAAGAGCUACGAUGUGUAUACACACAGCUUCCUGUGUUAUGGGAAGGAUCAAGCUCUCCGGCUAAAACUGGUCAGCAACAUUCAGGAUGCAGAGAAUGGACUCCUAAGGGAUCCAUGCUUCCACCCUGGCUAUGAAAAGGAUAUGAACAUAAGUGAGUUCUUCAACACACCCUGCAUCACAAAGGAUGAGAAAUCAUUUCCAUUUCGCAGACUUCAAAUACAGGGUACUGGAAACUACUCGGCAUGCCUGCAGAGCAUUCAGAAUAUCUUCAACACCACCUAUUGUCCUUACUCAAGGUGUUCUUUCAAUGGAGUUUUCCUGCCAUUCUUACGUGGAGAUUUUGGGGCUUUUUCUGCUUUUUAUUUUGUGAUGGACUUCCUGAACUUGACAGACUCUUCUCUGGAAAGUGUGAUGACCAAAAUGCAAACUUUCUGCUCCCAGCCCUGGGAUGAGGUGAAAGCACGAUUUCCUAAUAUCAAAGUGAAGUACCUCAGUGAAUAUUGCUUCUCUGGGACCUACAUUCUUGCCCUCCUACAGCUAGGAUAUGGAUUCACUGAGGAUAACUGGAAAAAUAUCCAGUUUAUGGGCAAGAUUAGUGGAAGUGAUGCCGGAUGGACUUUGGGUUACAUGCUGAACUUGACCAACAUGAUCCCAGCAGAGCAGCCUUUGUAUCCGCCUCUCUCCCAUUCGACCUACAUCUUCCUCAUGGUCCUCUUCUCACUGGUCCUGGCAGCUGUGUUCUUCAUCGGCUGGCUUCUCUUUCAAAAGCCUUCAUGCCUUCAGAAAGGAGCUGUAUAGCAAGUCAUUUUAAGCUCUGCAGGGUAGAGUACGACAGAAACACUUACAAGGAGGACUUCUCUCCCUCCUGCAGCUUCAUGCUGCACUCCUUCCUCGGGGUCAGUCUUUACCAGCACACAUCUUCCCUUGACUUCUGCUGCACAAUUUUUCUCAGGAGGGUUUCUUGCUAUCCGGGUCCCAUGCUUCAUGGCAGAAAUUCAGCAUCUCCUUGUCAUUCUUUCUUUUUUCACCUUCUUUCUCCUGUGUGUUUUGUGCUUUUGUGGGUCACAAGGAUUUGCCAUUUUUUCAGAACUUUGCAUUCAUUUGGAAGAGAAGAGAUGAUGAAGCUACAAAUCAGCCACAGUUGCCAGUGAAGGCCAAUGGGGCUACAUGGGGAGGCUGGAAUGGCUGGACAAUACCUUAUCUCAGGAAUUGCUUGAGUUCCUUGGGAUUCUCCUGCCUCCCAUUUGUGAAGAGCAGAUGGUGCCUCUGUAUGGAGCAGAGUCAAAUGGGCUCUGUAGGAAAAGUCCUUAGACUAGGCCAAUAUUGGCUAGGGCCAAAGAGUAUCACAUGGUCAUCUUCUGUGGUAGUUUGACAAUGCUUACCUCAGUACCAUACUGUGUCAUCGCUGAGAUUUGAGCUCCUGGGGGCAGCCCCAUCUCUGCCAGUGCAGAGUUUAUUCUUAGAGCUGCUAAACAUACAGACAUACCAGUCCUAGGGCACAUAUCAUGGCAGGUUUGUGUGUAUGUAUGUCAAGAUUAAAGAUAUCUUUUCAACUCAGGGUUGGGAGUAGCACAUCUUAAUGCUGUAGCAGGCCUUAGCAUGGGGAGAGUCAUCCUAGCUUUGGACGAAAGUGGAAAAAUCUAUGUAUCAGCUGUAUAGCAGAGAUUCUCAGACUUUUCCGUCUCAGGACUCCUUUACACUCUUAAAAAUUAUUAAGAACCAUGCCCCACUCCCCAAAGACUUUUUGUUUCUGUGGGUUAAAUCUGCUGAUGUUUAAAACCACAUUAGAAAUCAAAAUGUCAGUAUUAUUAUAAAUAUAGUUCUGACCUCACAGACUCCUAGACUCCUUGGGGUCCCCAGACCAUACUUUGAGAACUGCUGCUAUGGAGCAACAGGUCAUUAGGUUGUCACGACAAUCUGCAGUAAGGUUAAUUAAUAUACUUCAAGAAACAGUGAUGCAGCCCUUGCCUUCGGACUUAUUUCCUUUUGUAGGAGAUGCAUGUGUUGUUGUUAAUUCUGGGUGGGGUGGGGGAAGGGAGGAGGAUGAAGAAUCCCUGUGCCACCUACCUCCAUGAACUGUUAUAAGCAUUGCCUCAUAGGCAAGAAUAAUGGUGCAUGACUUUGACCUUGUUCCAAGAUCUCUGACUUAUCCUUCAGUGGGCUCUUCAUUGAGUUGGUGUCCCUUUUCCCCAAGAACAACAGAUCUGCUUUUCAGUAUGUCCAAAGAGUAUAAACCUGUGAGGAGGGAACCAUGUUCUCUUCUAUUGUUAUCCCCAGCUGAACCUCCUUGACCUCAAGCAAGAGUCAGAUGCCAAAUCUGGACGUUUUAAUCUUCUCUUACGACAAAGCAAUUAAUCAGUGAUGAGAAUCCCCCUUAUUCCUGUUUGCCUUCUUCCCUAAAUCUUCUGAACAAAAACUGAGUCCUCUGGAUCACUGAGUUCAAGUAUGAAAAACAUAUAAACAUUCACUCCAAGCCUAUGAGACAACAGUUCCUUAUGUUUAUGUCAUACUUUGUUAUCAUGAAGUACUGCAUUAUCUUACUUGAGCUCCAGAACAACUUUGUGCAGGUAUUAUUUGUCCCAUUUUACAGAUGAAAAACUAAAGCUCAGAGAGUUUAAAUGCAUCCAGGUCACGCAGCUAGCCUGUGGCAAAAUUGGGAUUCAAACCCAGGUCUUCUGACUCCAAGUCUAGUGCUCUUCUGCUCUAUCUCACUCAUUUUAUGGGGGAAUAUCAUGUAGCUGCCACCUUUAAACAGUAUUUGAUAAUGACAGCGAGAAAAAAAAAGAGAGGCUAAGUAAACACUUCUUAGCAUCUCACUUCUAAAUCCCUUGACCAACUCAAUGCAUUCCAAAGUCAAUUUCUGACAACAGUGAGCGUUAUCACACUUUUCGGUCACCAUGAAAUUCAGGGGACUAGCUACUAGUCUCUACAUCUCAGAAAAACGAUGGAAGGAAUUAGGCCAAGGUUCUGCUCGGUCCAAGUACCACACUAGAAUCAGGUUAACAUACAGGGGUAGGUCAGGGCAGAUAAAUCUUUUGAUAUCAGACUUCUAUCAUCACUCAUUACAGCUAGUUGCAAUUCUUUCCAGAGCCUCAAGUCGAGAGAAUGCUCUGUAAUUUGGCAAUCCCAUUCCUUAAAACGGUAGAGAGUGAAGAUGGGAGGAAACAGUGGGCUGUACGUGUGAGUGACUUUUUUUUUUCCAUUAUGGAUCACAAAAGAAAAAUCGUAGUGAUCUAUAUAUCACCAUAAAACCAUAUAAUUAGUGUAGGGUGUUUUUUUUUUUCAGAGAAAUAGAAAAGAAUUCAACUGAUAUGCUUUUAAUAUUAAGAAUAGAAUAUACACAGGAAUUUAUAAUAAAUAAUAAAAAGUAAAUAUCAUUUCCAUAUUGUGGGUUAUGAGAAAGCUAGCCUAGGAAUGGCAAAGAAGGUUAAGAGACAUUCAGGGCAAGAAAAGACAGAGGUAGAGUAAUACACUUGGGCAGAGAGAAAACGUCUAUUUUUCCCCCGCUUCCCCUAGUGGUGGAAGAUACUUAAAGCCAAAGUUUAUUUUUGCAACCACAAGUAUUAUAAUGUAGUUUCCAUUGGACAUUUAUUGCAUUUGAGGUUUGAAGUAGUUUUUAACUAGGAUUUUAAUAUUUCAGCUAAGAAUUUUUGUUCAAUAUUCAGGUUUUGCUGCCCUUUAAGUGAGGAUAAGUAUCAGUUAUUUGGUAACAAUACCUGAACAGUCUGGCAACCUCAGGAAUAUAUACAUAUGCUUAUAUACAUAUAUACACACACAUAUAUAGUAAUCUUAGUUCUGAGGUAAGACAAAGAAAACAGAUGUUAGUUUUUUAAUAAUCAAUUACUUAAAUUAUAAGUAAAAAUUAAAUUAAACUGAUGAACAAUUAUUCAAAUCAGUACUAUAUAUUAAGCACCUGCUAUGUUCAAAGCACUGUGCUAGACACUGGGGGGAAGACAAAUAAUGAAAAACAGUCCUCAGACUCAAAGAAUUUCUCUAGACAAAGAGAGACAGGGGAAGGAAAAUGCACUGUCUUCUUAGAGCAAAAUACAUAAAAUAAUGAAAUUAUAGUCUAUUAAAUGCCAUUCUCAGCUAGCUUAAAGACACAGUUGUUUGCUAUAUUUAAUGAGUUCCAAAAAAUGCUACAUUAGAAAUCAGCCUAGUCAACCUUUGAACCUCAACUGUCAUUAGCAUUGCAAUAUGACAGUAACUCAUUGUUAGCUGUGAAAUUGUUUAUGCCAGUUAAUGUCCUAUUAAUAGACCUAAUUUAGAAGUAUAUUCUUUCUAAUUAAAGAUUUACUUUUCUUGCUUGGGGCUAUUUUCUUCCCUGAAGAGUCUCUUUACAUGCUCAGUGAGGACACCCCCUUUAGCUCAUGUGGCCUCAUAUUUUAAACUGACAGAAUUUCUUAAAGACUUAUCUACCCAUUUUCUUUCUCGUUUAUGCAUGUGGUGCCCUGUAUAAUCCAAAAAACAACAUUUCAGACGAAGACACAAUAAAAUUUAACAAAGUUGGUUUUGUCAUAGGCAUAAAUGUGUUUAAUAGUGGGAGAAAUGGUGGCCAAAAGACAUUUCAUUUUUGCAUAUCUAUAAUAGGCUGGAUCUAAGUACACGGACUACAGGUCCCAAAGCCCACUUUGUAAAAUCAACAUGAGCCUCUAAAUCAGAUGACAUCAUUGCUUUGACCUCAUAGAUUUCCUCUGAAACAAGGAUGAAAAGGGCUAAUUCACUAUAGGCUUCCCUGAGUGGUCUCUGAUCAACACGUAAUUUACAGAGGUGCUGGCAGAGGAGUACCAUAUUUAGAAGUUUUGCAAAAGUCCUUUUCUUAAAUGAACCUGAUGGUAGCUAGAUUGGAUGUGAACAUUUGUAUAAACUUUCAGACUCUGUAUGUGUGUGCAUGCAUGUGUGUGCACAUGUGUUUAUGCACAUGCAUGCAUGCAUGUGCAUGGUCUGGUAGUGUUUAAUGGUACAAUAAUGGCAUUACUGACAGAAGUAAACAAGUUGACUCCAGGCUUUUGUAUUAUAAAGAGAUACCCUGCAACAAAGCAUCAUAUGAAAAGUGCUUUGACAACAUCUCUUUACAUCCUUGAAUGAAGCCCUCUGAGAAGCUAUGGUACUCCUCUUCCCUCCUAUGACUUGAAAUGAGGAAAAGGAAAGAGAAAGGGGGAGUGGAGAGGAAGGAAGGGAAGGGAAGAAUCUGUACAGAUAAGCAGGGACAGAGUGUACUGGGAACUACGCAGAGGCUUAACUAUUUAGGAAAUCUUACUGGAAAAAAGAGUCAUGCUAAGAGAAUUGUAUGUAAGAAAAUUGUCUAAAAAUGCAGCCUCUCACCAGGGGAACCCUUGGUUAUUCACUUGUUCCAAAAAUGCACUGAAACUUUAUGGGACAGAAAAAACAUUUUAGAAGUGUCAUAGCCCCCCUCUCUGUCCCCUCCAAAGGUCACUAGGUCAAUCUUUUCAAACAUCAUUUCCCUUUUUUACUAUCCUUAUCUAUGAAGCUAUAGUGAUUCCCUGUUGCGCCAAAUGUAAACUCUCAGUGGUAUUCAAGGCUCUCAAGAGCAGUUUACUGGAUUCCUUUUUGCAUCAUCCAUUAUAGCUCAUAAGGUGCUUGACAAUGAAUAGAUAGUCUCUUCAGCAGCUGACAUCUGAAAAGUGUUCCUAGUCUUUGCUUAGGAGACAGCAAGUAUGAACAUACAACAUCCAAUUAUCCAUCGAUUGAUGGAAAUGCUUAAGGAAGAGGAUAGGGACCAUUGGAGCACAUCAAAAUACAGGCAUGAUUGUGUAAACUAUACAAUGACUUCUAUUUGAAAAUAAUUGGGAGAAACGCUAGUCUCUUCAACGUGGAGAACAAGAUAUUUUAAGUUAUUUUAAUAUAAAAUGUAAUCAUGACAUUGUACAUCACUAAAAAUGGUAAGUAAAUUAGGCCUGAGUUGAAUGAAUGAACUCCUAAGUACAGCACAUGAACAGUGAUGCCUAGUUAGGUAAUUUAGGCUUAAAUUUCACAGAUUAGAUUGAAUUUUGGAGAUGAAAGGAAACUUAGAAAUGAUCUAGUCCAACUCCAUUCUUUUAUAGGUGAGAAAAUUUAGACCGUUGACCCAUAUCACUCAUCUAAUUGGUACACAGUUGGGCCUAUAAUCAAUGUCUCCUAACUCAUGAGGCUUUUUUUUAGGUGAGUUAUAUAGGGAAAUAUAGGCCACCUUCAGUGCUUUUCCUACAAAAAUACAAUUUCAUAUUAAGAAGUAAGAACUUUUUUCUAUUUUCCUUUUGAACACUGGAAUGCAUAAUAUUCCAGUUUUAAAAAUUUAUAAAAAUAUAAAUCCCUAAAUACAAAUUAGCUUUUCUUGCUUCUACUUAACUGUCUUGAGUUUUUUGGGUUUUUUUCCCCUACCUCUAGACUUCACCAGCACCUUUUGAAGCCUUCUGUUCUAACUUGUUUCCAGCUGCUAUUCAGGAAGUAAUUAUCUCUUUAACACCCCCUAUAUGAACACUAAUUGUUCAAUUUUUCUUCUGCCAAAGUAGGCUUUGCCUGCUCUUCAGGAUAUUUAGCCCCUUUGUGCUCUGCCUUUGCCAUGUAGUUCUAGACUGUUUUUUCAAAAGAAUAUAAACUUCCCUGCAUCCCAUACUCCCUCCAUCCAGGUAAAUUGCUCUUCCAUUUAAUAAUAUGGCUUCUAAUAAUACUAUUAAUGCUACUAACACUGUUAACAAUGACAUAAAUGGUAACUGACUUUUCUGUACCACUAUAAAAUCUGCAAACAACAUAUAAAUCUUUCUCCUCUGACAAGGUUAGAGCCACCCAGGAAAACAUCAUAUGUGAAAUCAGGUUACACAUGUUUCCUCACAGGGAACAAAUUUGUAAUGAGAAAGGUUUUGCUAAUUGUGUUUUCAUAAAGAAAAGUUACUAGUAGACUUCAAGACAAGAAGUCAAGACUAUGACACUAGCUUCCUGAUGAUGGGACACGCACACUCUAAUGACCUGGGGGCACCUCAGUUGUGUCUUGGAGCACUGGGUUUUGUCUCUACCCAUUACUUUGCUUUCUGUCCUCAAUUCAAGGCAAUGACAAUCCUGUCAUGUCACUUGGUGUACUGUUAUAACAUCUAGAAUUGUUCUCAUCAUCUUUGUGUUUUGCUGCAUUUGUUGUGUUAAAGCAAAACACAGAAAACUCCAUAUUUUGGACCAACUACUCCUGAGUAACAGGUACAAAAUUGAUCCUAGAAUUAAUGAUCAGUCAGUCAAUGAACAUUUAUUAAGCACCUACUAUAUGCCAGGCACUAUGCUAAGCUGGAGGAAUAAAAAAAAAAUCAAAUGGUCAUUCCUGCUCUCAAGGCACAAUCUAACACGGAAGACAACAAGCAAACAAAUUUCAACAAACCAGUUAUAUCCAGAAUAAAUAGGAAAUAAGAGAGAAAGUACUAGAAUUAAGAAGGGUUGGGAAAGGCUUCCUGUAGAAGAUGGGAUUUAAGCUGAAACUUGAAGGAAGCCAGCAGGUGGAAAUGAGGAGGGAGAACGUUUUAGGCAUGGUGAUGCAGGCAUUAAGCAUACCAACAAGCACAUGCAUUUGAUAGAAGAAAUAAAGAGAAUUAGCAAAGGGAGUAUAUUUUUAAAAACCUUCAUUUUUAGCAAGAUCUAAUAUACUAAGAAAUAAUAUUUUCUCUAGGCUAAAACUUUUUUCCAGGUUUUUCUUCCCUUUAGGAAAGCGGAUGAAACAAAAAUUAAGGUCUUUUUUAGGAAAAUGAAUUAAGGGUAAUAGUCAAACCUAACUCUUCUCUAGAUGUGAUCAUUAUCUCUCCACCUACCCAAAGUGCUUGGCCACCAUGAUUCACUGAAGGGUAGUAUUCUCUUUUUUUUUUUUUUCAUUCAAAAUUAAGAUAUUGAUCCUAGGUUAGUUUGGCAUGAUUAUAUCCAUCUUAUAGAUAAGGAAACAAAUUGAGAGAAGUUAAGUGACUUUGGCAAACUCACAUAGUGGUAGGACCAAGAUCAUAGGUUCAUAGGUUUUAGGGUUAUAAAUUUCAAGCCAAAAGGGACCUUAGCAAUCGUGUAGUCAUGUAGUAACAACUCUGCCAUUUUUUGGAUGAAGGCAGUGAGGUCUAAAGAUACUUGCUGAGUCAUAGACUUAGAUGGGAACAAGAUGCCAAACUUGGUUUCUGUGACACCAAUUCCAGGGUUUUUUCACACCAAUCUACUAACUCAACAAUGGAUACCACCCUAUCUUUCUCUCUGUUUACCUUCCUUAUUUCUGGCUCAUUUCCCCCAUUUCUUUCCAUGCUUUGUUUUUCUGGCGGCCACAUCCAGGUUUCAGAUCCACCAUAUUCCAGACUCUCUACAUGGGAAUGAAUGACAUCUUGGCAACCUGGCUAACACAGUGCCAUGAACAUCUUAGUUAUGUCUUUAUUAUCUGGUCAGUGGGAAAACAGCAGUUCUGAAUCUACAUUCCUCUAAAAGAAAGGGCAGCUGGGGCAGAGAACUAAACAGUUGGAUUUUGGCAUAAAAGCAAUGCCUCACCAGAUCAAAAUAUUACUGCUUCCAGAACUACAGGACAUCAGAACUGGAAGAGACCUUAGAAACCAUGGAGUCCAAGCCCCUCAGGAAACAGAGUCAGCCAGGUGGUAUGAUAGAGAGCUGAGCCUCUUAGCUUCCCCUCUAUUACCUGGAGCUUAGAAGGGUAAAGUGGGUAAGUGGCAGAAAUGACAAAAAUUCAGGUCCCCAAACACCUAGUUCAUUGAUCUUUCCAGUAUACUAUGCUUGGAGCCAACGAUAAACAGAAAUUCUAAUAUAGAAAUAAUGCUCUAAAAUUCAACUAUGCCACUAGUUAACCACAUCCCAUUUUGUUUCUGUUUGGUUCACUCUCAUCUUUGGCUCUUAAUAAUUCCUAGGCCAAGGAUCUAAAUGGAAACUGGAGCCACAAACUGUGGCUUCAGAAGGCCACCAAUUGAAUAGAAUCACCAAAACUGCCGAAUCUCAAAGUUGGAAGGGAUCAUGUAAUUCAAUCUAUCCCUGAACAGGAAUCCCCUCUAACAAGUGAGACCAUCCAUCAUCCUCUGCUUGAAGAACCUCAGUGAUGAGGAACCUCCUGAUAGAGCCUUUUCUACUGCAAGGGAGAGGGGCAGGAGAAAGAACUGAAAGUUGCAUCUUUGCCACUUCCAUUUACUGCUUUGAGUUCUGCCUUCUGUACUCAAGAAGAACAAAUACAAUUCUUUUUUCCCA